AUGAGUACAGAAAGCCUGCUAGAGCAGCCUACGGGCUCACAUAGAGUAAAAUACAUGGGCGCGGGAGAGCACGCGUCACACGACUUCGCUCUCGAGACGGACGACCGCGCGAUCGACGUCUCCCUCGUCCUGCCGCACUAUCGCGCGCACAAUCAGCCCUACGACCACCGGCUGUCCAUGUACGUCGGAUCCGACUCUGGCAGUUCGAUGAAAGUGAAAGUGUGCCGGAAGUUCACGCCCUCGCGGACCACGAACUUCAGGCUCGAGGUGCAGUCCGCAUCCGAUGCGGACGUCACGAUCUGGCUCCCGUCAGACUUCAAGGGCCACAUCCACCGCUCGUCCACAUGCAAGAAGGUCACCUUCUCCGCGGGCUUCACGAACAGGAUCAUGCGCAACGUCUGCCUCACGCAGUCGCGCCGCCCAUCCGUCGUGUCUGUGUCCGAGCACACCGCACACCGCUUCGCUGAGAUCUACGUCUCCGACGGGCGUGCGGUUGGCGAGAAGCGUGGCAGUGGGAGCGGCGCGUUCCCGCUUGCGCUCGCGCUGGACGCUCCAGGGGGCGAGGACGAGGUCGUGGUGGAGACCGCGGGCGCGGUCACGUUCCGCAUGUGGGACAUCCACCGCGGCGAGCCCGAGGCGCGCUGCCGCGAAAACUGGAAACGCGCGUUCGGCCUGGGCUGGUGCGCGAAGCGCAGCAACGAGGUCGCCAUCGACUGGGACUUCCUCCUCGACGACUAG